AUGGAUUUUACGCCAAAAUCUUUCUUUGCUGCUUUCCUCAAGAACCCAGACAUGGCGGCUGCUGUUGAACACCGAUAUUGGUCUACGCCAGUUGGAAUUCCCUCCACUAUCCGACUUGUCAAAACCAUUCGGGACAAUGUACAGGAGACAUACCAGGGAAUAACUGCAUGGAAAAACUUCAUUCUCAACAAAGCUUCCAUCAUUGUUCAAAAUGAGACACCUCCAACUGGUUAUUUUCCAAAGGGUGGGUAUUACAGCUCGGAACAUAUCAAAUCCGACUUUUUUGAUUCCAGCGCAAAGGACAGGCGCAAUCAAGAGCUUGUGGAGGAGCACAUGCCCUUCUUGUUCAAACUCGUCACCAACAAGAUGCGCAUGGACUUGACGCCUUCCCCAACUGGCCCAUCGGACAGUCUUGAUGAAGAAGAUGCCCUGCUUGAAAAGUCUGAUGCCGACAAACGCGAGCCUGAUCUCUUUGGUGAUGGAUCAGAUGCUCCAAAAGAUCAUCAGCAGCGAGUGAUUACCGUAAGCUCUCUUUGUGCAAUCUGCUUGAUGUAA